AUGACGGAAGUCGCCACUCUUGAGCCUCUCCUCCCCUCUCGGGUAAUUCACCAGUUCCCGAUGCCUUCAUGGAUUGAGAAUCUUGCGGUGCGGUCAAACGGACAGGUUCUUGUGACUUUCUGCUCCGCACCUGAAGUCUACCUUGUCGACCCAUCUGAGCCCUCAAAGACUGUCCUCAUCCACAAGUUCUCAAAUGUCACCGCCAUGAGUGGGAUCAUUGAAGUAGAGCAUGAUAAGUUCUAUGUCGCAGGAGGUGUCUGCGAUCUCCAAACAAUGACCAGCGAAGCAGGAUCCUACAAACUGUGGGAGAUAGACAUGGCCACAUUCGACAAGAGUGGAGAGGCUACAGUGAAGGAGGUAUUAAAGCUUGACAAGAUCGGUUGUCCGAAUGGGCUGGAGUUGCUGUCACGAUCUGAGAAGAUCAUCCUUGCGGCCGACUGUGAGCACGGGGCCCUCUUCAGGAUUGACAUUGCGAAUGGGGCGCACGAGAUAGCUCUAGAGGUUGAUGAGAUGCGAAACCCCGAGAAUCCUUUCAUCCCUGUUGCCAUCAACGGUAUCAAGGUCCGGAAGGAAUACCUCUAUUGGACGAACACUUCCAAAGCACUAUUUUGCCGCGCGAAAAUUCUUGAAAAUGGCAAGAGUUUUGGCAGUGUUGAAGUCCUACGCCAGGGCUUCAUAGGCGAUGACUUCUACUUCGACUCCGAUGAUAAUGCUUGGGUCACUCAGAACCCCUUCAACACAAUCACCGUGGCCAGGUCAGCGGGUGAACUUGUGACGGUUGCAGGAAGGAUAGAUCGAAUGGACGUUGCAGGUGCGACUGCAUGCCAGUUUGACAGAAGAGAGGGCAAAGAACAUUUGCUGUACGUUGUCACUAAUGGUGGUCUGGCUGGACCUGUCAAUGGGCAGCAGGUGGAGGGUGGUAAGGUUUUAGUUAUUGAUACAACAGCGUUCAAAACUGGAUGA